ACCCGCAGCCCCAGAGAAUGAAUGAAAUUGAAAUUGCUGCUUACAUUAGGACCUUCAUGUACAAUACCGGGGAUCUGCAGCUCUCACACAUUCUAUCAUUCCGUGUGAAAAAUGGCCACAGCAGUGCAGAACCCUCCGAAAUCGCAGUCGAGUGGAACAGUCAUAAAGAACAGCCUGGGCGAGGAGUUUUAUCGUGAGGCGAUUGAACAUUGCAGAAGCUACAAUGCUCGCCUGUGUGCCGAGCGCUCCAUGCGUCUGCCCUUCCUGGACUCACAGACUGGCGUGGCACAGAGCAACUGCUACAUCUGGAUGGAGAAGAACCACCGAGGCCCAGGUGUGUCUCCGGGGCAGCUGUACACUUACCCAGCUCGCUGCUGGCGUAAGAAAAAACGGUUAAACAUCCUGGACGAUCCGCGUCUGGGACCCAUCGAGUUUAAGAUAGACUACGAGUCUGCCCUGAAGAAGGAGGGAGGUGUUCCUGAGGGUCCCGUCCUUGAGUCUCUGCUCAGUGGAGAGCCUUUAGAUAAGAAAGUGGAGACGAAGGAGGAGGAGGCCAUGAGCGAGUGUCAGAAGCUGCUAGUGGGAGACUUUCCUCAUGAGCUGGACAUGGAAGAAAUGGAGGAGGACGUGCCUAAGCGCAAGAACCGCACCAAAGGACGGGCUUGCGGUGUAGGAGGAAUGAGGAAGAGACAGGAACCGGCCUCCAUAGAGGACAGAGACAAGCCAUACGUUUGUGACAUCUGCGGUAAGCGCUACAAGAACCGCCCAGGUUUGAGUUACCACUACACUCACACACACCUGGCAGACGAAGAGGGUGAAGAAGACUCGGAACGACACACUCUACCCUUUCAACGCAAGAACAACCACAAGCCCAAAAAAGCAGCAGAUGGCUCGGUCAUCCCCAACGGCUACUGUGACUUCUGCCUCGGAGGCUCUAAGAAGACGGGCUGCCCAGAGGAUCUUAUCUCCUGCGCAGACUGCGGACGAUCAGGCCACCCGUCCUGCCUGCAGUUCACAGUCAACAUGACAGCAGCAGUGAGGACUUACCGCUGGCAGUGCAUCGAGUGCAAGUCAUGCAGCCUGUGUGGCACCUCCGAGAAUGACGAUCAACUUUUAUUCUGUGAUGAUUGCGAUCGAGGAUAUCAUAUGUACUGUCUAAGUCCACCUAUGGCAGAACCUCCAGAGGGGAGCUGGAGUUGCCACCUGUGUCUGCGGCAACUAAAGGAAAAAGCCUCAGCUUACAUCAUGCUGAAUUAAUCUUCAUUACACGUUGGGUUGCAGCCGCCCAGCCUCUGCCUGCACAGCCUCAUCAUGACAAACCAACAUGGCAGAUUGAAAGAGACGCUCAAUUCGCAUGAAAGAAAAAUACACACUGCAUCAGUCCUGCAGGGAAUUUGCAACCAUCCACUUCAUGGAGAGAACAGGUUCCUUCUUCAUUUCUGGUGCACAGCAGACGUGCCUCCUCUUUAUUCAGUCCUAAACACACUUUCCCACAUCUCCCUAAUCAUUUUCUCCAGCUAUAUGACUAGGGAGUGAUUUCUAUUGAUGCACACGUUUAUUUGGCGGUACUUAGUCGAGAGGCGCUGAGCGACUCAUCGCUGAAGAGUCAGUUUUAACGUGUGGCUCAAGAGGGCACUUGAAUGGCAAGAGACUCAGAGUGUUCUCAUUGGAAAAACACAUUGACUGCUGAUGAAGAAAACGCCAUGAGAUCUCCCGGUUUCCAUAGUUGCUUUUGGUUCGUGAAGCACCGCUAAUACUAUUUUUCAGCUGUCGUGCCGCCCACUCUCUGCAGCCCACUGUGAGAGGUAGACACCAGCAAGUUACAUGACCAUAUUUAGCCACCAGGUCUUAUUCAGACUCUAAAGAGAAGAGCUCAUUUCAGCUCCAGAGAGAUAAAUGAAUCGAUGUAUUAUUCAGCUCCUUUUGAGGUGCACCUUAUGGAGCUCAACACAUCACCCUCAGAUCGAAUGUUGAUGAGAAGAAAUUUGAUGGCCUGCAGUCUUAAGAGACUUGGUUGGAUUUGCCUGGGAAUACGAGUCUAUUUUUAACACACAAACUUUGGUGUUGCGAGUUGUUUUCUUUGAACGGAUACCCUUUAAGCUCAAGGAGGUCUGAGGUGCAUGCCGUUCAGCUUGGGUGGUACUUAAAAAAUCAAAAUCAAAAAAAUCAAACUUUCUGCUAUCAUCCCCCUGCUUUUUUUUCCUCCUGAAAAAGCCAAUAUAAGAUAUUCUCUCUGUGUGUUUGUCAGGGUGUAUAGUAAUGAAUUAUGUCCAGCCUUGUUUGAAAAACAGGGCCUUAAUGUUUGUUCUUUUUUAUAUUAUUAUUACUUUGGAUGCAUGUUGUGAUACUGUUUUAAAAAUUAAACUUUUAAGAAUGGGCGGGGAAAAAAAAACCUACGAAAGCACACUUAAUUCGCAAUAAUGUGUUUGUGACCCUCAUGGGGGACGUUGCGUCUGUGUGUGUAUGUAUGUGCGACACUUUUUGUGGAACUGUGCAACUAGGCAUCGUAUUGGAAAGGCGCAGGGUUUUGGGAGCUCGAACUUCUCCAUGACGGCACCGUAUUUCACUUUCACAUCUUUUUUUCCCUUUUUACUAUUUUCUGGACAAACUGAAAGCCAGUUCUGAGACAAACUAUCGCGCCUCGUUUUUGUACAAUGAGCUCUUUCCUAUCUGUAAGUCUGCUUUGUGUUCUGGGACUUUGUAAUUGCAGUGUGCUUAAAAAAAAAGUAAAUAAACCCAGUAGAGUAUUACUGGGAUGCCAGCAUGUGUAUGUGACUUUGUGCUGAGGCGAUUUUGAACCCAAAGUCCCGUCCAUCUGUGGCCUACCUGAAAGAACUGUCUGCUUUUUUGUUUCAGCCCACAAGCUUUAAGUUGGGAGACACUUGCUGUACAUAAACUUUUGCUCUCUUAUUUUUGAAUGGAACGUACUUGCCAUAUGACUCCUGGAAAAUGUUAUGACUUCAUAUACAUUAAAAUGUGAAAACUAAUCUUCCUGGAAUAUAAAAUCUGUCGGGUCAUUUCUAUUUUUGUAUUUUCCAAAACUGUGGUUUUAACCAUUAGAUGGUCAUUGCUUACUAUGAACACAAUAUAAAAUGGGUAGAAGCGUUUCAUGUUUAGCUACAAGUCUGAGCUUUUCUCCAUCAGUACUAUUACUUUUACCGACCCUUUUUAGUACUGCAAUCUUUUGAGUACUUGAGUACUUUUGAGUACUUGUUUAACUAUUUUGCACUGAGUGUGACUCUUUUUGACUUGACAACAAAAGCAAUGAAAAUACAGCCAAACCUUUGCAUGUUGUGAUGCCUUAGUUUACAGCAGAAUUACAAACAGAAUGUAGUUUUUCUUUCCCUUUCACAAAAUCCACGCUAUACUCUCAGGCCCUGUCCACAUGUAUACGGAUAUUUCUGAAAACCUGUUUCUUUCUCUGAGUUCGCACAAAAACAGCAUUUUGGAUCACUGCCCUUUUUAAAAGCAUUUUUAACAUUUUAAAACUCUGUUUUUACAUUUAAAAAAGAAAGGUUUUUACAGAUUUUUGAAAGCGCUGACAUCGCAGCAUCAACCUGUGCAUGGACGUUGCGGUUUUGCUUGUGUUAUGAAUGUGCUAGGACUCAGUUUAUCAUGACUGCUGACCAGGUUGUUGCCUUGUGGUCUGUAAUUUCUUAUUCGAUAAAGUGUUUGCAAUUUAAUUUCAGACUGGUUUCUUAUUACACCUGCGUGCAGACUCGACACAUAUUCAUAUACUUCAUGUUUGUCAUUAUUGCUUUUAGAAUUUUUGGCCAUUUUGCCUUCUCUACCGCUCAGUGUGCGUGCUAUGAACAUUAUUCUUGAGGUGUUCGACAUUACAUUUUAUGACAUACUAUUGUUCAUGUGGACAGGAUUUUUUUUUAAAAGGAGGGGUAAAAAAAACUGUUUAAACUGUUUUCAAUAAUAUCCUUAUACAUGUGGACGUAGCCUCAGUAUUUGAGCAGAAAGGACGAGAAUGAUGUUCCCUGCUUGAACUAUAAAGUAAAAAGUAAAAAUGUGUUUUGCUCUGUGGCUGAUGCCUUCCAGAAGGGGUCCGUGAUUAGUAUAAAUGAAGCUUGUUAGUUUUUUGGCCUUUACUGUGGGGGUUGGUCAUGUGAUCUGAUUGUAUUCAUAUCUUGAAUGAAGUAAUAUGUGUUUGAGUGAGUAAAUGUACAGUAGAAGGUGUUUAUCGGCUGCUUUUCGGCCAUACUGUGUCCGAUGAGAGUCAUUUCUUAAGUUCCACAAAAACCUUCAGUGCUUACUUAAGACUUAAAAGUGUAUGUCUUGGGCUAGAAAAUAUCUGAAAUAAAUAUUUUUUAAUUGGUAAAUCAUAAAUAUAGUCCUUAUAGUCUUUCUCUCUUACACACACAUACACACACACACAGACACACACACACUAUCAGCUACACAUCCCAGGUGUGGCCAGUCAAAGACAGAGACAGGCUUUGUUUUUCUGUUUUUCUGUUUUUUUGUUUUUCCUGUUCCUUGUUGUGCUGUGAUCUUUGCUUUUUCUUUUUCUAUGCAGAGAUGUUUCUUUGCCAGAGAGUGUGAAUGGAUUCAUUCCAUGUCAAUGUUCAGAAAUAAAAGUGAAAAAAAUAAAUACCGUGGAGAAAAGGAAUGAGCUUGA